AGGCACUUUUUGGGCGAGCACCAUUCGCAUCAAGAUCAUAUGCUGAACUGGAGGAGAAGAUCCGGAGUAACCAACCUAUUGAGCUGCCUCCCGGGGCCCGAGUAUCCAAGAACUGCAGAGACCUUCUUCUGCGGCUGCUGGACAGAAACCCUGACGCCCGGAUCACCUUUAAAGAGUUCUUCACGCACCCUUUUGUGGAUAUGGAGCACAUGCCGAGUGCAGAAAGCCUAGUGAAAGCGGUGAGAAGAAAAAGGAAGUGUACGCUGAUGGGAAGUAGUGGA